UUAGCAGUUUAUAUUUACUCAAAUAAUUGCAUUUCAAUUUUGUGUGUACUGUGGGAGACCAGAUAUAGUGAAUGCAGGGUCCGGGGAGACCAGAUAUAUGUAAAUGCAGGGUCCGUGGAGACCAGAUAUAGUGAAUGCGGGGUCCGUGGAGACCAGAUAUAGUGAAUGCGGGGUCCGUGGAGACCAGAUAUAGUGAAUGCGGGGUCCGGGAGACCAGAUAAAGUGAAUGCAGGGUCCGGGGAGACCAGAUAUAGUGAAUGCAGGGUCCGAGGAGACCAGAUAUAGUGAAUGCAGGGUCCGGGGAGACCAGAUAUAGUGAAUGCAGGGUCCGG